AUGUUAAGUAAAAAAAAUGUAAAAAUAACUAGUUUGUAUAAAGAACGAAUAGAAUUAUUGGCACUGCAUUACCCAUAUAAUGAUGAAGAGCAUACUCUAGUAGGUAAUAUACAACUAAUUGAUGUUAUGGGAACAUUAAAAUCUACAGCAAAAAAACUAUUCAACAAAUUGCCAUCAUAUACAAACGUGAAUUGUUGUAAAAAUAUGUUAUGUCCUAAUUAUAUGACUGUACAAAAAUACCCAGUUAUUUCGUUAUGUGCUUUUGAUGAUUACAUAAAUGUACAAGAAGAAAUUGAAAAAUACUUUUCAACUGAAGAAAUAGACUGUAUUGAAUGUCCGUCAAGAAGGAAAAAUACAUUCAAUGCAAAAUCCCAUAUAUUGAUUGAGCUUAUGUCACUUCCAAAAGAACUUGAAGAAUCGACAAGUUAUGCAGACAUUACAGAAAUCUGUAAUGUUCCACAAAAUUAUGUAAAACCAGUUUUAUGGGACUUGGAGGAAAUACCGAAAAUAUUAAUAAUAAGAACCAAAGAAUACUAUUUAAGAAGUGCAAUCGUAUUUGUAAGUGGGGAUCGCUAUGGUCUAAGAGUAUCCACUGGACAUUAUAAGUCAAUAGUAUGGCGAGACAAUGAGCGGUGGGAAGUGUAUGAUGACCUUAAAGAAACAGCUACAAAUCCCCAUGGAAAAAAACAAAAUGUAGAAUUUUUAAUAUACACAAUAUAA